CUCGUAGCCGCUCGCUGGCCUUAAAGGGACAUGCACCCGUUGCGGCCGUCCUUUUACGACAUGGCGGGGGAUUCGGAGCACACGGGUAUUCUUCGUGCAAGUCACAGAUCCGCGUCAUUCACAGAUGGGCUGUCAGCAGCGUCCUUUGAAGAGUACCCUAGGCACAAGCCUUUCAUUAAUGCCGACUUGCGACGGUCCCCUGCCAAACCCAUAAUUGCUUAUCCAGAAAGUAACAGCAAAGCUAUCUUCUCGGCUCUGAAGAACCUGCAGGAGAAAAUUCGACGGUUAGAGCUGGAAAGGAUUCAAGCAGAGGAGAGUGUGAAAAGCCUGACCAGGGAGACCUCGGACUAUAAGAAGGUGCUGAGCGAGCAGCUGCUGGAAAGAGAGCAUUCGAAGUGGGAGGUGUCCAGGAAAAAUGAUGGUAUGCCGGUGUGUCUCCUUCGCUCAUCCACAAAUGAGUUGGCGUCUCAGCUGGUGGGGGCCGAGACGCGGUGCGGCCUCCUGGAAAAGCAGCUGGAGUACAUGAAGCAGAUGAUAGCACAGGCGGAACUCGAAAAGACGACCGUCUUAGAGAAACAGGCCACGUUAGAAAAAGAGAGGAUCCUCGACCAGUCCCACGUGAAAUCUAAACUGGAGAGGCUGGAUCUGCUGGAGAAAGAAUAUGCCAGGCUUACAGCGAUGCAAUCCCUUGCAGAAAAAAAAAUGAAAGAGCUGGAAGAAAAGCUCCAAGAGGAAGAACACGCGCGGAAACUGGUGCAGGAAAAAGCUGCCGAGCUUCAGAGUGGGUUGGAGAAAAACAGAAAGUUGCUGCAGGCACAAACACAGCAAGCGCCCGCGUCAGUGCCGUCGAAAGCGAAGAAGAAGAAGAAAGCAAAGCAUCUGGAGAAGAACGACUCUGGGAUGCCCCACUUCCACGCCCAGCCCCACUACAGGUUGCAACUGGGUGAUGUGCCGUUUGUAGCUGGAAAGUCCACUAGUCCCAGCCACUCGGUUGGAGCCAACGUCCAGCACGUGCUGCACCUCAUGAAGCACCACUCGAAAGCCCUUUGCAACGACCGCGUGGUCAGCGACGUCCCGAUGACUCAGCAGGCGAACCGAGGCGGCCGCAGGUCCUCCGGGUCUACCGUUUCGUCCCAGGGAGACCUCUCCGAGGUGCUGCUGACGCUGCAAGACGAACUGGGCCAGAUGAGUUUUGAUCACCAGCAUCUGGCAAAACUCAUCCACGAUGCUCCGACGAUUGCUUUGAGGGACGACCUGGAAAAGGAGCUGGAAAUGCUGGUGAAAAGGAUGGAAGCCAAGGCUGAACAAAUCACGAGGGUCCAGAGGCAUCGGGCUCGGCUGGAGAGACACAAGAAGGAAGAGAAGGCCAAGCAGUGUUGUACCCGUGAGUCGAGCAAAGGUGGUGAAGGGAAAAUGGCGCCCGCAGCCGUAAAGGCGAAAAACCCCAACCUGAAGGGGAAACUUGGUGAGCGGGGCAAGAAGAGCCUGCAGUUGCUGAGGGAAAUGAAAAGCAUACAGACCUCUCUUCAGAAAGAUGACGUCCAUUGGGACUACUGAGGCGUUUUGCUGUGUGGUUUUUUUGCUUGCACUUUUUUCUCUCGCUCCGGCUCUAUCCCAGCUGGUUUUGCCUGCCGAGCGAAAGACUAUGUCCAUAGCUGCACUUUCUAAAGAGACAUUUUGUAAACUACCUGUAGGCCCGGUCACAUAAUGGUCCUAAUCCUGAUGGAUGGGGGGAGCAGGGAGGGGUGGAAAUAAGACAGGGAGGGGUGGAAAUAAGACAACCCUAUUAUUAUUUGACUGCAUUAACAAUCCCUUUAGGUGACUGUCAAUGACUGUUUGGCUCUGAAACCUAAUCCCCAUUCUGCAAUUUUGCCUCAGGCAAUGAUGAAUUGUUUCGCUCACCUGGGGUGACUCACUGUUCUAAGGCUGGCGACAAGCAAUAGUGGUUUGUUGUUGUUGUGAGUUUUGUUUUUGCAAAGAGGUGAAGGCAGCGCACGGGGGAAGCAUCUUUGUCUCUGGCAGGAUUUUGACCCGCUUCACAAACCUGCACGGUCUUUUGCCUAAGACACCAGUGGCAUAAAAGACACGCCCUCAAGCAAUGGUAGUUUGUACCUCCUUUCAACUCUUUUAAAAUGCGUUGUUUGUCCGAGACGGCUUUUUGCAUUUUUUAAAAACAAACAAAACAAAAACUUUUGUAUGGAGGACUCUGCAUAUUGCCAGUUCAGCUGCUGUCGGAAAGAUCCUUCCAUUUUGAAACGUGGAAGUUUCGGAAAGCAGCAAGCAAAUUAGCAGUCUCUUUGACAUUCCAUCAAAUAAUGUGGCCUUU